CACCACCAUCAUCAUUAUCCUUAUUAUCACCAUCAGCUGCAGCGAUGUUCUCUUGUUCUUCUUCUCUCCUGCUGGUUCUCCUGAUUCUUCAGUGCUCCAAAACAUGCAACAAUGAAGUCAUGACCCGCUUCUGUUUAAGUACAGAUACACAUUCCCAGACAGUAAAAGCUACAACUUGUGCACCUCAACAGGAAUACACAGAGGAACAACAACAACAACACACACCAACGUCACAAGAAAGUUCACGUCCAAGUCCAGAGGAAUGUUGUGUCCAUUUCUCUUUUACACUGCCUUCAAGUAACCCUUCAACAAGUCAUGAAGAAACCCGAGUGGACUGUCGAGAACGCGUAGUCAUGGUCAAGACCAUCACCAGUCUGUGUGAAGACCACACCACUGAAUGGAAGCAAAAAGUCAUCAAUGCUCAUGACUGGUGUCUGAUGAAAGGUUAUACACCUAAACAGGACAGCAGUGAAAUUCGCCCCUCGUCCUCCAAUCAAUUUCUCACUCCAAAAACAACAGAGGACUGCUGUUACCUGUUCAGUCAAACUCCAGUGCUGGUCUUCCCAACUCAAGAAGAAAAAACAAGCACCGUCUGUGAACAAAUCAGCUUCCGUGUUACCCUCCAGACGGAUUGUACAAGAACCCACACUAGUUUGGCUUAUGGGUUCAUCAGAUCAACUUACAACUGCCUGAAGUGGGCCUUCCGAGAUAACUGAUCAUUGUCAGCUGAAAAGCACAACCUCACCUUGGUUCAGCCCUCUCUCCUUGAAUCAGAAAUGAGUUUGUGUUGAGACAAAGAUUUUAUACAAUCACCUCUGAUGAUAAUAAACCUUGCUUGAAUGAAUUAGACAUUUUGUAAACCUCUUGAAAAUGUAUGAUAUGUGGGCCAUUCUAGAAUUCGGGGUACAUUUCGCAUCUCCGAGAUAAACCUUUCGUUAUUUUCCACAAAAGAAAUAUUUAUUGAAUUAGUUUUGAACAAUAAUGCAAAUUAUGACAAACUUUCUCCAAUAGCAAUAUUUGAUGUACAUUUUACACCCAAUUUAUCCAUAAAACAUUAACUAAAUGACACCCCCCCCCCCCAUUGGCUGUCUUUGACUCCUGAUUCAUCCAUUCAACUCCAAUAAACAGGAAGUGAUUCAGUCUAACAGUCUGGUUUUCGGGGCUUAUUCUAUUAACGGUUAUAAAAUCAGUUGCAUAGAAAGUCUAUUUUUUGUAUUACGCGAAAUUUCAGUGAUAAAAAAAAUAUAUACAUUUUUGUCCGUCCCAACGCCGCGAUGACCUGGCGACUUGUCCAGGGUGUACCCCGCCUUUCGCCCGUAGUCAGCUGAGAUAGGCUCCAGCUUGCCUGCGACCCUGUAGAACAGGAUAGCCGCUACAGCUAAUGGAUGGAUGGAUGGAUAUCUGUCCCAAUGUUGUCAACUCCGUUAUAAAACCGCCUAAAAUCCAACACCACUUAAUAAUAUGCAUGACACCUGCACCAAGUGAGGUCACUUCCUCUGGCAGGAAAUUUGAGAAAAGCGGUGAGGUGUGUUCUGUUUCUUCUCUCAUUAACGUGAACACAAUUCUGAGGAUUUUACACCAACAGUAGAUGAAUUAUUCGUCAAAUCUGUUAUAAUAUUGGCGUGAAUCUCACUUUUUUUCUCAAAACAAUCUGAUUAAAAUCCAUAAAAUUGUUUUUAUACAUGCCAUAUGAUAGCUAGUUUGAGGUUAGCGUGUGGAGUUAAGACAAAAUGGUGGAAUAUGUCAACUCAUCAAUUCUGUUAACGGAUUACCCAGUUUGACGAUAACAGAGUGAACACUUGAAAUGUACCCGCAAUUAUAGAACGUACAUACAUAACUUUAUUUGCCACAGACCAAAGCAUGGUGCUUGGGCCCCUUAAUCGCUGCUUGCUGCGAUAUCCAAGUUGUAUUUUGCUGAAAUGUUUUUAUAAAACUGUCUCUUUCUUCAUCAAUAAA